UUUCUAUAUCUGAUAUAUUCCUUGUUUUUCCAACACAUUCACCAGUGUCACGUCUGUUUCUUUAUCAUAUUAUCAAUAUUUUUCCCAGAUAAGAGAAUCGUAAGAGAUUCUACAACAGAGAUGGAUAGUUUUAUGAUCACUGGGAUAUUCAAACACGUCGCCGGAGACUUCCCUGACAGAAGGGCGGUGUCCGUUUCGGGCAAGUUUGAUUUGACGUACUCUCAUCUUCAUCAACUGGUUGAAAAGGCCGCUUAUCGCCUUGUUGCUGCGGGGAUUAAGCCUGGAGAUGUUGUUGCGCUAACUUUCCCCAAUACUAUCGAGUUCGUAAUUAUGUUUUUGGCCGUAAUUCGAGCCCGAGCCACGGCUGCACCCCUUAAUUCCGCCUACACCGCGGAGGAAUUCGAGUUCUACUUAUCGGACUCAGAGUCAAAGCUCUUGCUGACCCCGCAGGAAGGGAACAGCACCGCUCAAGCUGCGGCUUCCAAGCUCAACAUUCGUCAUGCCGCCGUUGCAUUGCCCGGAGCUGAUUCUGAAUUGGCACUCUCACUUCCUGACCCGGAGUCGGACUUUAUCUCUCUCGCUCAACUUGCCAAUGAGCCAUCCGACGUCGCUCUCUUCCUUCACACCUCUGGCACUACCAGCAGGCCCAAAGGGGUGCCAUUGACACAGCUCAAUUUGGCGUCUUCUGUGCGAAACAUAAAGGCAGUGUAUAGACUCACCGAAUCAGACUCCACCGUCAUAGUCCUUCCCCUGUUUCACGUUCAUGGAUUGGUAGCCGGAUUAUUGAGUUCGCUUGGAGCCGGAGCGGCCGUAACUCUCCCAGCUGCUGGCCGGUUCUCAGCAUCAACAUUUUGGAAAGACAUGAUCAAAUACAAGGCUACUUGGUACACGGCGGUCCCCACCAUCCAUCAAAUUAUAUUGGAUCGACACUUUAGCAACCCGGAACCUGCGUACCCUAAACUCCGGUUCAUUCGGAGCUGUAGCGCGUCCCUUGCGCCAUCUAUAUUGGCUAGGCUAGAGGAGACCUUUGGUGCGCCGGUGUUGGAGGCGUAUGCAAUGACAGAGGCGACCCAUUUAAUGUCAUCGAACCCGUUACCAGAAGAUGGCCCGCAUAAGUCCGGGUCGGUUGGGAAACCCGUGGGUCAGGAAAUGGCGAUAUUAGAUGAAAAUGGCGCGACUCAAGAAGCAAAUGCGAGUGGAGAGGUUUGCAUAAGGGGUCCAAACGUAACCAAGGGGUACAAGAAUAAUCCCGAGGCUAACAGGGUGGCAUUUCAAUUCGGGUGGUUUCAUACUGGAGAUCUCGGGUAUCUUGAUUCGGAUGGUUACUUGCAUUUGGUGGGUAGGAUUAAGGAGCUUAUUAACCGUGGAGGAGAGAAAAUAUCACCAAUCGAAGUGGACGCAGUUCUUCUAUCUCAUCCAGAGAUUGCUCAAGCUGUUGCUUUUGGAGUUCCCGAUGACAAAUACGGUGAAGAGAUCAAUUGUGCAAUAAUUCCUAGAGACGGAUCGAAGAUUGAGGAGGCAGAGGUUCUUAGGUAUUGCAGGCAAAAUCUGGCAGCUUUCAAGGUCCCCAAGAAGGUCUUCAUCACCGACUCUCUACCGAAAACAGCCAGUGGAAAAAUCCAAAGACGAAUUGUAGCUGAACACUUCCUUGCUCAAAUUUCUACUGCUAAAGUCCCCAAGUUUGGAGCUUAAAACCAACUGCUCUUCAUCUGCUUUUAUACUCAAAAGGGGUGAAAAGAAAAAAUCGAAACCCAUUACGUAUAGCAUAUGUGUAUUUCAAGUGUGUAGGGAAAGGAAAUUAAUGUGUUCUUCGUGGUCGGUGUACUCUAACGAUUUAUCUAUAAUAUCCCUUUUUUUUU